ACGAUACUUUGUUGUCGUUCGAGCGAUUGCAGAUGGAUGUGUUUAGCUAGGCAGCGUGCUAGAUGUUUAUUUUUUCAAAGAUAGUCCUUUUUCACAAAUCAGUUAUAUCUGUGCGUGGUAGCAAUAUUUCCGAAUACCACCCAAAAAGAAGGUCGCAGCCAAGUCUGCCAAAGGGAAGACGCCCACAGUAGUAGAUGGCCUUUCCAUGGAGGAGAUGUCGAAGGAGCAGGCAGCUGGAGGAGCACAUUGUGCGGCUGCGGGAGGAGCUGGACAGGGAGAGGGAGGAGAGGAACUACUUCCAGCUGGAGAGGGACAAGAUCCACACCUUCUGGAAGAUCACCAAGAGACACCUGGACGAGAGGAAGGCAGACCUGAGGAACAGAGACCAGGAGAUGAAAGAGGCUGAGGAGCGCCACCAAGUUGAGAUCAAGAAAAACGACCAGGAAAUGACUAAAACGAGAAAUGACUUUGAGAGACAAGUGCGAGAAAUUGAGGCCAAGUAUGAGACGAAGAUGCAGAUGCUGCGUCAGGAGCAGGACCUGAGGAGGAAGACCGAGAUCCACGAGAUCGAGGAGAGGAAGAACAGCCAGAUCAACAUGCUGAUGAAGAACCACGAGAAGGCUUUCAGCGACAUCAAGAACUACUACAACGACAUCACCCUUAACAACCUGUCCCUCAUCAACUCACUCAAGGCUAGCAAUACCACAACAAUAUCAGCUAAUAACCAAGGAACAAAUGUAGGAGAUGAAGAGGAAGGAGGAGCGUCUGGAGAAGGACAUGGCAGAGCUGCUGCUGCAAAACAAGCACCUGACGGAGCCCCUAUAGAGGGCCAAGGAGGAGGUGACCGAGCUGCAGAAACAACUGGCCAACUACGAGAAGGACAAGACCUCACUGGCGGGGGCCAAGGCACGUCUGAAGGUCGCAGAUAAGGAGAUGAAAGACCUGAAGUGGGAACACGAAGUGCUGGAACAGAGGUUUAGUAAGGUCCAGGUGGAGCGUGAUGAACUCUAUAAGAAGUUCACCCAGGCCAUCCAGGAGGUGCAGCAGAAGAGUGGCUUUAUGAACCUCCUGUUGGAGAGGAAACUGGGGGCUCUGACCAACACCCUGGAGAAGAAGGAGGCUCAGCUCAAUGCCCUCGUCGUGGUCACACGCAAACUGGAGGAAAUGGCUUCCUGGAAUCCUAAAGCAACUGAUUGGUCGGCCCCAUCGCUGGCUAGACCUCUGACCCCCCCCUCUCAUUAGGGGAAACAGCUCCAAUUACCAACUCCUUCUCCAGCUUGGUUUCCUUUGUCAGAAGAGAGCUUCUUUUUAUGUCCUGUGUUGAUUUUUGUGGCGGUCAGUGAAACGUUUGUGGAUAUUAUUUUGUAGCCGCUCCUUCUGAGGUAUGUGUAUGCCAAAAGGACUUAGUGAACCAUUUCAAUAACCAAAAACACUAUGUAUAAGUAAUUAUUCUGUUUCACUUGUUCCUGGAGGGGAAGGGGAACGCACCUUGGGAGUGCUUAGGCAAGAGGACUGAAGGAAUACAUAACCCAUAGUAUUUAAUCUGUCUAUGCACACUAGGUAAGACCUGGGUGGACCACCCCCUGUAUUUUGGUUAGCGUGCCAGAUGGUGCUAAAGGUUAGGGAACUAGUGGUAAGAUAGGAGAGGGGUUUCUAACUUACUUAAAUACUUUCUUUGCUUUGGUUCCAUCCAGAUCCUUUUCCCCACCUUACUGUGUUAAGGAAUAACACAUUCCUUGUAAAUGGUAUUUUUCUCGUCCUGUCAUCCUUCCCUGCACCUACGAUCACAUACUUUUUCACUCCACGAGGAGUUGAGAUGUAGCAGGAUGUUCCUCCAGGAGGCGUACGUAACACAUGUAAGUAAGAAAGCUAAAUCAAGCUACUUUUUAAGCUCCGACUCCUGUGAACUUUCUACAUUUUUGGAAAACAGUAAAUGGACUAAAGCGUACGAAUUCAUUUUCUUCCUUGCCUAAGCAAGUUCUGUCUGACUGGCAUCAUAACCGAGAAGAAUAGGAUAAGUGACGCUUUUAAUAAUUUUAUCUCAGUAGGCUUUUUAUUUGAGAAACAGUGCUUUAAAUUAUUUGGGUAAAGCUCCACCUUAUCAAAAACCCUAAAGCUCACUGGUCACCAUAACACCCACCCGUAGUACGCGCUCCAGCAGGUAUAUCUCACUGGUCACCCCCAAAGCCAACACCUCCUUUGGCCGCCUUUCCUUCCAGUUCUCUGCUGCCAAUGACUGGAACGAAUUGCAAAAAUUGCUGAAGUUGGAGACUUAUAUCUCCCUCACUAACUUUAAGCAUAAGCUAUCUGAGCACCUGUACACAGCCCAUCUGUAAAUAGCCCAUCCAAUCUACCUACCUCAUCCCCAUAUUGUUUUUAUUUACUUUUUUUUCUCUUUUGCACAGCAGUAUUUCUACUUGCACGUCAUCUGCACAUCUAUCACUCCAGUUUUCAUUUGCUAAAUUGUAAUUACUUUGCUACCAUGGCCUAUUUAUUGCCUUACCACCUCACGCCAUUUACACACAAUGUAUAUAGACUUUCUCUUGUGUUAUUGACUGUACAUUUGUUUAUGUGUAACUCUGUGUCGUACUGCUUUGCUUUAUCUUGGCACGGUCGCAGUUGUAAAUGAGAACUUGUUCUCAACUGGCCUACCUGGUUACAUAAAUUGACCCUGGUCAAUCAACUGCUCUUCCCUCUGCCAGCUUCUAGCUGACUCAAUGGUUAACCCCUCAACUUCUAGUGAUUAUUUGUUUUCAUUUCAACAAUUUACGAUCUGUGAUGUGCUUGAUGCCUUGCUUAAGAUUAAAGUUUUAAAAAUACACUGGGGCUGAUUAAACUUGAUGAAUUUUUGCUGGAGCUCUCUGCCCUCCCUGUUUCUGAAUCAUUAAUCCAUAUGUUUUACCUGACUGCAUAGCCCAUUUGUAUGGUAUUACGAAAUAUGUUAAUAUUAACUCUGCUGUUAUUGUACUAUGUAAUACAUGGUUAUUAGAUAGUCCUUGCCUAUUGUGCUAUUGCAGUUCUGUUCCAUUUUUAUUUAAUCUUGUAGCCCAUUUGAUAUGCAUACAUUCAUC